CUCUCCCUCUCUUUGUCUCUCUCUCUCUCCCUCUCUCCAGUCCUCACAACAGUCGCUUCACCAAAGAGGAAGCGCACAGUCACAGCUUCAUGAUCCGCGCGCACCCACCGCGCGGCCCGCCAGCAGCAGCAGCUCUCUCCCUCACUCGGAACCGUGCGCGCUCUCGCCCUCGCUCUCGCCCUCGCGCUCUCUCUCUCUCUCUCUCUCUCUUUCUCCGUACACACAUUAUCCGGUACGACGUUUUCUGCGCAAAGGCUUCAUGUAGACAGUAACCGGAGCUCACAGUGGGAAACUUGUCGUCGGCUUCCUUUGCGCCAUGGAGGACCGCUGCUCCCCAGAAAGCGAGAGGAUGGAAGCGUGGCUGGACGACCACUUGGAGUUCACCCACUCCUACUUUAUCAGGAAGGCGUCAAGGGAGAUGGUCAAUGCUUGGUUCGCUGAGCGCGUCCAUACUAUCCAGCCAUCUGCCUCCAAAGAAAACCCUCCACAGCAACGGCCCCACCAGCCAUUCACAGACCCUGGCCCCUUGUCUGCCACCACCAUCCUCCCACCCACCCUCAGCGUCCUGGACAACCGCUCUCCUUCCCCGGCCACAGUCCCCAGUCCAGCCCCUGGCACCCCAACCCGCAAAAUCUCAGCGUCAGAGUUCGACCGCCCGCUCAGACCCAUCGUGGUCAAGGACUCUGAGGGCUCUCUGACGUUUCUGAGUGACGCCGACUGCAAAACUACCUCUUUCCGGGGCUCAGUGAUGGGUGAGGGUGGUGUUGUUGGCGGUGGAUGCAGCGGGACGGGUAGAGGCAGCGGGGGCGACCGCUGCGCCAGGCUGCUGGAGCUGGUGAAGGACGUGUCGAGUCAUCUGGAUGUGACAGCACUCUGCCACAAGAUUUUCCUUCACAUCAACGAGUUGAUCGCUGCAGACCGCUACUCGCUGUUCCUGGUGGGGGAGGACAGUUCAAACAGGAAGUUCUUGGUCAGCCGGCUGUUCGACGUGGCCGAGGGAUCAACACUGGAAGAGUCUUCCAGUAGUUGCAUCCGACUGGAGUGGAACAAGGGCAUCGUGGGACACGUUGCCGUAACGGGUCAGCCACUCAACAUCAAGAACGCGUACGAGGACCCGAGGUUCAACGCUGAGGUCGACCUGUUUACAGGUUACAAAACCCAGAGUAUCCUCUGUCUGCCCAUCAAGAACCACAGAGAAGAGGUCGUCGGAGUGGCUCAGGCUAUCAAUAAGAAAUGUGGGGAGGAUGGUGCCUUCACUGAACAGGACGAAAAGGACUUCUCUGCCUAUUUGGCCUUUUCAGGCAUCGUCCUGCACAACGCUCAGCUCUAUGAGACGUCACAGCUGGAAAACCGACGCAAUCAGGUGCUGCUGGACCUGGCCAGUCUGAUCUUUGAAGAGCAGCAGUGUUUGGAGGUUUUACUGAGGAAGAUCGCAGGAACCAUCCUAUCCUUCAUGCAGGCCCACGCCUGUACUGUUUUCAUUGCUGACGAAGACUCAAUGAACUCCUUCUCUAGUGUCUUUCACAUGGAGUACGAGGAGCUGGGUGAAGUCCUAGAUGCUCCCAAAAGGGACUGUGAUGUCGGUCAAAUUAACUACAUGUACGCUCAAUACGUUAAAAACACUAUGCAGCCUCUCAACAUCGUAGAUGUCACCAAGGACCAACGCUUCCCCUGGACAAGUGACAACCCAGAUCACACCAGCAACCAGAUAAAGAGUUUGCUCUGCACUCCCAUCAGGAAUGGCAAGAAGGACAAAGUCAUAGGUGUAUGUCAGCUGGCCAACAAGAUGGAUGAAGCGUCGGGCAGUGUGAAGGCCUUCAACAGGAAUGACGAGCAGUUCCUGGAGGCAUUUGCCAUCUUCUGUGGUCUCGGCAUCCAGAACACACAGAUGUACGAAACGGUGGAGAGAGCCAUGGCAAAGCAGGAGGUCACGCUGGAGGUCCUGUCGUAUCACGCCUCCGCCACAGAGGAGGAAUCACGGGAACUCCAGGUAACGGCGGUAGCCACAGUUCCGUCUGCACAGUCGUUGCGUCUUCUGGACUUCAGCUUCAGUGACUUCGACUUGUCAGACACAGAAACCACGUUGGCUACCAUCCGCAUGUUUGUGGACCUUAACUUGGUCCAGAACUUCCAGAUGAAGUACACGAGUCUAUGCCAGUGGAUUCUGAGUGUGAAGAAGAACUACAGGAAGAAUGUGGCCUAUCACAACUGGAGGCACGCCUUCAACACUUCCCAGUGCAUGUUCACGCUCAUUAAGUCAGGACGCUUACAGAAUAACCUGAGUGAUGUGGAGGUCUUGGCUCUGAUGAUUGCAACUCUCAGCCACGACCUGGACCACCGAGGAGUUAACAACUCCUACAUACAGAGGAGCGACCACCCACUGGCCCAUCUCUACUGCCACUCCACCAUGGAGCACCACCACUUCGACCAGUGCCUCAUGAUCCUCAACAGCCCUGGAAACCAGAUCCUGAGCGGCCUCUCCCUGGACGAGUACAAGGCCACUCUGAAGAUGAUCGAGAGUGCUAUUCUGGCCACUGACUUGGCCCUGUACAUGAAGAGGCGAGGGGAGUUCUUUGAGCUCACCAAGAAUAGCCAGUUUGUUUGGGAGGACGAAAAUCACAGAGACUUACUGAGGUCAAUGCUGAUGACUGCAUGUGACAUUUCAGCCAUUACAAAGCCCUGGCCAGUACAAAAGAGGAUUGCAGAGCUGGUGGCCACUGAGUUCUUUGAACAAGGGGACAAGGAGAGGCGAGAGCUUAACAUUGAACCUAUAGACCUGAUGAAUCGCGAAAAAAGAGAUAAGAUUCCCAGCAUGCAGGUGUCCUUCAUUGAUGCCAUUUGCACUCAAUUAUAUGAGACUUUGGCUGGCAUGUCGGAGUAUUGCUCCCCAUUGUUGGAAGGAUGUCAGAAAAACCGGCAGCAUUGGAAACGUUUGGCCGAGGAGUGUGAGAAGGGACUGGUCAACGGCUUUAUGUGAAGCCAGUUGGGAUUUUGAAUGAACACACAUUUCCAGGGUUGUCCUUGUUCAACCUGGUCUCACAAAGUUUCAUGAAAUUAGCAUGAUUUACAGUGCGGACAGUACAUGAGUGAAAGAACAAAUACUGCUUUGUGAAUGGAAAGUGAAUUUAAAACCCUCCCAGGAAAAGAUUAUGUGGUGAAAAAAAAACAACUUUACCAAUCUUAGGGUUAAGGUCCCAAUUUAUGCCAAAGGUUUUUGUAACACUUGAAGGAUAAUAUUGCUUUCAAGUUUUCUGUCUAGACAAAGUACAACUGAGAAUGUUGGGACUAAGGAGCUUAACUGGGGUAUGGGGCCUUACUGGGGAAGGCAGCAUUUAGUUGUUUCCGUAAGUGGUGGACUAAGUGACAGACUAUUAAACUUAACCGAGUAUAUUUAAGAAAUGGCCAAAUUUACAGAAAUAAGGCCUAACUUGUAAUAUCCCUUACUAUAAUAUCUAAAACAAAUCCUUACGUUAGCUCAAUAUAGCUGCUAACACAGUCAAAUGACAAACAGGUGAGAAUGACACGCAGUCUACUGUUUCAGAGGGAAUGCUCAUUUCAUCAAGCUUUGUGAGACCUCUCUUCCUGUUGUCACUAUUCAUUUAUAGCCGUCACUCACCAGAGGCAAUAACAAUAACAGAGUCAGCACUAAGCUAUAUUUAUUACAAUAGCCAUUUUUAUUUUUGCACAGAGUGGCUUUCAUCUUGAAGUCCGACUUACACUAUCUCUCACAGGUAGUGAAUUUUAGGGGACCACUGAAUGGUAAGACAUAGCUCCUUAGGGAUAAGCACCAUUCCAGUGGCCUACAGAUAUAGUACUUACUAUAUACUUUAUAUAGUGUCACAAUAUUCUGAUAUGCUUGUUAAAUAUGUCUUUAAUCACAGCAGUCACACUACAAGAGUCUUUUGUAUCAUUUUUUCACUCAUUGUCUUAACUAUUGCAUAUUUAUUUUUGUUUUUUAUAUUUAUUAGACUUUCUACAUUGUAAGGUCAUCCUUUUGUCAAGAGAACACGAUUCUUUAUAUUGGACAUGUGGUUUUCAUACUUAAAAAUUUCUUGAAGGAUCUUUCUUAGGAACAACUCUUUCGGAUGACAUUUGGAAAUGUACUGUAUUGUUUUAUUUGAGUUUGUGUUUUAAUGUAAAAUAGCAAGACUAGGCCUGCAAUUUCUCAUGGAAAUCGGUCUAGAUUCUUCCACUGCCUUGUGAUGAAAUAGGACCAAUGCUCAAUUUUUAAGAAUAUAUUUCCUCUGUUCACACCAUCCACAUCCGAUUUUUUUAUAACUGAUGGAGCAAUUGAAAUUUGCAUUGAGCACAAUUUGACCAGACGGUGUUGUGAAUUAUUACUUCGAUGACAUGCAUUUCAGCAGGUAGGGAAAUAUUAACUGAUCGUUUCUGAAAACCAACAAACAAGACUACAAGGUAUGUAGUUCUAAUACAAUGUGCCACCACUCAUAAUUCCUGAUUCCAGACACAUGACUUGCUGGCAGGCAAAUAUACAUUGUGACUUAAAUUUACAGAGGGUUUCAGCCACAUUCUGUCAGGUUUCUAUUACUGCAGAGCGGGACUGUUGAACGGAAUUUGUUCUCUGAACAUAAAAUAUUUCUGAAUGUAUCCAAGCUAUAUGCUGACACUGGGUUAAAUAUCCCUCUCAGCCAUGCGUUGCAGAAACCACUGCUGUCUAAUGAUUAAAACUUAUUAUAUUGCAGUUCUGCUGACACACGGCCAAACGUUUCAGUCCAUAGUGCAGUGGUUCCCAACCUAUUUGUGGCGGUCACAACUGGCAGCUCAUGAAAGAAAGAGAAUAAAUUAAAUUUCUUUUAUAUAAAGUUGAGGUUUUGCACAGAUAUCUUUUUGCCCUUGUCUUGUGAAAUCCUUCAAAUUGAACCAUCAAUUGAAACACCCCUUUGUAGAACAGCUGUCUUGAAUGUCCACACUAGGACAGGGUUUUUUGUUACGGAUACAAAAACAGUACAUUGUUCAAUUACCUAGUGAUACCUUGCUUUAAGUAAGAAACAUUUUCAAGUUAAUAAGUGAAUAUCCAUUCACAGAAUAUUUGGACAAAUUUAUAAUUCUGACCGGCCACUCAAUGUCAAAUGUGAGAAGUCGUCACAAGCUGUGACGAUUGAGUUUUCCAUCUAGGCAGUCAAUUUGACACCAAAAACAUUUUCAUGUUCGAUACAGUCCACACUCUAACCUGUGAUCAAGUAGACAUCAUUUAAUUUUAGGGCUCACAGAUGACAGAGGUUGGGAACCACGGCCAUACAGAAUAGUGUAUGAACAGCAGUUCAACGCAGUGAUUCUGCUCAGUGAUAAGCAGCAAAGGGCUUAUACUGGACACAUACCUGUGGAUAACGGUGAGAGCAGCUGUGUAAGGCAGUGUGCCCACUAACACACAGGAUUUCACCUGCGUAGAAAUUGGUUUUUUUGGGGGGGGUUAUCACCAGUUUUUAAUUAUUGCAUAAUAUAAAAGGUUUAUGAUAAUCGAGAAUAUGUUUGUGGUUUACUCUCACCUCCACAUUCAGUUGCCAUCAUUCAUAUCACUUUAUAAGCUCAUAAAUAAACUUUACUGCUCUGUAUGCACAACAGGUGCCACCCAUGUGCAUUUUAUCAGCAGCAACAUCCAGGCCAGACAGCCUGGUCUUAACUAAAGCACUUUUGUAGACGCACAUGCUUUGUUUGUAUCUGUGGUUUUGUACUUAAAAGUCUCCAGGAGUGCGGUUAACGUGCCUGUUGUCUAAACUCUGAGCUUUUUCUAAAAGACUUCCUCACCGCUUCAGUCUCUGGGUUUGUUUCAGAGAGGUUUGCUUCUUUUUUUUUGUUUUGUUGCAUGUACAAGAGAGGGCAUUCUCCCCAGAGAGGAAGGGUUUUUAAAAAAAAGAGAGAGAGGAGACUUGAGUGUCUACUGUAGGUGAGAAAAUAUAAUAUGCUGUUAUGGUAUAGUUAUGAAGGAGUUGUUCCACAUCUGCAACUGUCGACACCACUAAACACUGUGAGCAAAGUAAAUGGUAUGUCCCAUUAAAGAAUAAUGCUUAU